AUGGCGGCUUCUGGCUCGGAUGCCCCGGCUGACGACAUCGAGGUGGAGGCCCUCGCUGCCGAGUUCAAGCCUCUGAUGCAAGAAGCCACCAGUGCUGACUCGAUCUUCGAAGGCAUCCGUCGGUUCAGCAAUCCAGAUGAGUCUCUGCCGUUGGACUACAUCAAUACGAUGAUGGUUGGAUUGUUGGACAAUUUGUUCGAGAAAUUCAGCCAGCUGAACAUCUCGAAGACGCCAGCGCCGAGAAUCUUCGAUCAAGCAGAGCCAUGGUUGUCCUGGCUGCGCCACGACUCAGUCGGUUGGAUCAAGCCCUUGUUUCGAGCGUGGUUCGACGGGAGCUCGUACUUCCCGAAGUUGGACCUCCUCAAGCAGAAGCUCCUUCCUUCGCCCCCGCGUGGCAAGCAGGGGGCAGAGCAGGCAGAGGCGGCCGAGGAGGACGACGUGGAUCCGCAAGAUGUCAAGAAGAUCAAGAUCCAGGCUCGCAGGGAUGCACGAGAGAACUACCGCAAGCUUUGCACGGAACUCUUUGGUCAUGAUCCCGUGGCAAUUGAUGAUUCCGAGGAGGAGAUCCAUGACCGUGGUGUGGAGGCUGAUGUAAAGGAGGAGCGAGCCUUCCUGCACCCGCAGGAGCCUUCGCAAAAGGCCAAGGCCAAGCCGAAGGCGGCUGCUGAUCCGGCUCCAGCAAAGCCCGAUGAUGGGGAACGGGGGCCAGAGCCGCCAGAGGCCGAGGAUGGUGAACGGCGGCCCGAGGAGGGUGAUGCUCCGGCGGCUGUGGGUGGUGCGAGGGAGGGUGCUCCCCCGGCGGGCAAGAAAAAGGCGGGAAUGGCGGCAGGAACCAACUUUGCUGGCAGAACCCCGCCCAACACGGCCCCAUGGAGCACCAGGUUUGCUGUUGUCAAGGCCAUGUGGAUCGAGCACAUCCAUCCUCAGAUCAAGCCUGGCUGCUACCAGAAAUCUCAGGUGCACUGGUGGAAGUAUGCCGUCGCAAACAUGGACAUGACUGUCUGUGUGACUGAUGACGACAUCAACACCCGUGUCAAGGACCUCGUGGGACUGUAUGCUGUCCCGUAUGAUCAAAAGAAGGACUAG